AACAGUGCUCUCACAGUGCACACCGCACCCGGCGGGGACAGCUCGACGUAGGGCGGUCCUGCUCAGCAGACCGGAUCCGAGGGGAGAAGGGCGGGCUCCUCAGGCGGCGGUGACACCAUGGAGAACCGAUUUACCUAUGAAGAUUAUGAGAACACUGCAAAAUGGCUUCUGUGCCGCACCAAGCACCGACCUCAAGUGGCAGUGAUCUGUGGUUCUGGGUUAGGAGGUCUGGCCAAUAAAUUAACUGAGGCCCAGAGUUUUGACUACAGUGAGAUACCAAACUUUUCCCAAAGUACAGUGCCAGGUCAUGCCGGUCGACUGGUGUUUGGGUUCCUGAAUGGCAGAGCCUGCGUGAUAAUGCAGGGCAGGUUCCACAUGUAUGAAGGCUACCCACUCUCCAAGGUGACUUUCCCAGUGAGAGUUUUCUCCCUUCUGGGUGUGGACACCCUAGUAGUCACCAAUGCAGCCGGAGGACUCAACCCCAAGUUCGAGGUUGGAGAUAUCAUGCUGAUCCGCGACCACAUCAACCUCCCUGGUUUCAGUGGUUCGAACCCUCUUGUAGGGCCGAAUGAGGAAAAGUUUGGACUUCGCUUCCCUGCCAUGUCUGAUGCCUAUGACCGGGAUAUGAGGCAGAAAGCUUACAGUGCCUGGAAACAAAUGGGGGAGCAGAGAGAGCUGCAGGAGGGCACCUAUGUGAUGUUGGCAGGCCCCUCCUUCGAGACUAUUGCCGAGUGUCGGCUGCUGCAGAAGCUGGGGGCAGAUGCUGUUGGCAUGAGCACAGUGCCAGAAGUUAUAGUUGCAAGGCACUGUGGACUCCGAGUCUUUGGCUUCUCCCUCAUCACUAACAAAGUGGUCACGGAUUAUGAAACCAAGGAGAAGGCCACUCACGAGGAAGUACUAGAGGCCGGGAAGAAAGCUGCACAGAAAUUAGAACAGUUCAUCUCUAUUCUUAUGGCCAGUAUUCCACUGCCUGGCAAAGGCAGUUAACCAGCUCUGGAGAGGUCUGGCCUCUUCCUAAGAGGAUCCAAGUAGCUAUUACCUGCUUUGGCCCCUUGCUGGGGUCAUGUUUCUCUGCCCUUCAGUAGUAGGAGAAAGGAGAGGAAGAUCUGUUUCUCCUACAGGCCCUUCUGUGCUGGCUCCUCUGUUGCUCAGCUGUCUCAAAAUAGUUUUUACCCCUCUUCUUCCUCAAGAGGUAGAGCCCACGCCCUACCACACAGCCAUGUAUUUGUUCUGGGUGUGAUUUGGACUGUGAACUUGGCACACUACCUACUGCUAUCUCUUUGAGAUAAGAUGAUACCACAUUCCUGAAGACUUCAUUCCGCCUCCCACAAGGGCCAGACCACCCAGUCCAGUACCAAUUCAUAUUCUGAGAAUAAAAAAGAUGAAAUUA